GCUGCAGAUUAGUUGCUGAAGCGUGAAUAGAGCGGGAGAUUUAAUUUUGUUAUGAGACUUCGUUUGCGUAUUCUCCAGCGCGUCGAUCCGCUUCUGAAAGAAUAUCUGAAUGUUCAUCAACUGCCCGGUGUCGUUGAGGCUCUGCUGUCGGCUCUCAUUGUACUUCAGCCAUCAAACCCGGAAGAAUUCAUUGUAGAAAAAUUAGAGACAGUAAGGAGAGGAGAAAUCAAGGACAUUAGCUGGGACACGUUCAUUCCUCGACAUUUGAGGCCUAAACACAAAGUUCUACAAGAUCAAUUUUUGGAUUUGUUCUUUAGCAGUGAUGAUGAUGAUUUUGAUCCCAGAAUAUUUGAGUCGUGUUUACCUGAACAUUACCAGAAGGCUCAUGAUCUUUAUAAGGGAAAACUGAGGACAAAAUGUUUUGUUGCUUGGGCUCAUUAUUACCGAGAGAAGAAACGGUUAAUACUAGAAGAGCAGGCCAAGCUGGAGGCUGCGUGUAGUCGCUACAAAGAGCAUCUUUUGUGUAAAACGUUUGAUCACUGGCUGAUGUGGAUGAGAGACAUCAGCGCCAGGAAGGAAUUGGCGUUUAAUAAGAUUCAGAAUGUUAUGAGAGUGAGGCUCUGUGGUCACGUGUUUGUUGCUUGGUUACAAACGACUCGGGACUCAGUUCGAACACGACAGUAUUUUAAGAACUUGGAAAAAAGUCAAGACACAACAGAAUCAGAAAGCAGCGACGGUCGCACUGUAGCAGAUGCAUCGGACAAGAUAUCUCUAUUACCAGAAAGGGCACAGCUAACAAUAUUUGGCUUUGUGAGUGCCAAUCUUGCCGAUUUGGCUCGCUGUGCACGCGUGUGUCGAUCAUGGAAAAUGAUCACACAACACAGUCAGUUGUGGAGUCGUAUCAAUCUCUCACCAAUAAAACUAAGUGUGGUGGACUCAGUGCUACUCACGUUGAUUCAAACGUAUCGUCCGUUUAUCGUCAAUUUGAAUUUACGUGGCUGCUGCCUGUUGACACCAAAAUCCCUAAAGAAUAUCGGUGAAUGCAAGAAUCUGCAAGAUCUCAACUUGUCUGAGUGUCCCUUAAUUGGCGAUGAUGUCAUCCGGGAAAUAGCAGCAAACUGUGAGAGUCUUCUCUAUCUCAACCUGUCACAUUGUCACAUCACAGACGCAGUGUUACGGACGAUCACAAAAGGAUUCCAGAACCUUCUCUAUCUCAGUAUGGCAUAUUGCACUUCGUUUACGAGUCGGGGGUUGCAUUACUUGACGACCGGGAAGGGAUGUCAGAAACUCAUCUAUUUGGAUGUGUCGGGUUGUGAGCAGAUUUCACCAGAUGGCAUGAAGAGUAUUGCUCGAGGCUGUCACAAGCUGCAAACACUUGUGAUGAAUGAUCUUCCAAAUUUAACCGACGAAGGUCUCCAUCCUGUUACAACUUAUUGCCACAGUCUGUAUCAUGUCAGUUUGCUGGGAGCAGUCGGUCUGACAGACGAAGCAUUUAAGUAUUUGGCACUGCACUCAAGGAAACUACAGUCAAUUCGGCUGGAAGGAAACGGCAAGAUCACUGACAUUGCAUUGAAAAUGAUCAGUCGAGGCUGCCCUGACUUGUCACACAUUUGUUUCAUCGAUUGUGCAAAGCUCACUGAUCAGUCUCUAAAGGCACUCGGGUCAUGCAAAGGCGUCCGUGUUCUCAAUGUAGCUGACUGCGUUAGGCUCUCUGAUUCAGGCAUUCGUCAGGUAGUUGAAGGGUCGUCGGGAUCAAAGCUUCAGGAAGUUAAUCUUACUAAUUGUGUUCGCAUCAGUGAUGUCACUCUGCUUCGAAUAGCUCAGAAAUGCCAUCGUCUCACAUACAUCUCGUUGUGUUUCUGUGAGCACAUCACGGAUGCCGGAGUUGAGUUGUUAGGCACACUGCCGUCUCUUCUUUCCAUCGACCUGACAGGCUGCAAUAUUGGUGAUCAGGGUAUUGCUUCUCUUGGUACAAGUUCAUCCUUUUUGGAUCUCAACAUUGCCGAAUGCUCUCAAAUCACAGAUAUUGGCUUGCAGAAAUUUUGCAGUAAUUGUGUGUCGUUGGAGAGAAUUGAUAUGACUGGUUGCCAUAAUUUGACGGAUAGUGGUAUCCAGAAUUUGGCUUUCUGUUGUCGUAUGUUGACUGUGGUGCAGUUGGCUGGCUGUCAUCAGUUGACUGACUUGAGCCUUCAAUAUCUCUCCGGUGGCUGCCACUAUCUCACCGACCUUGAUGUGUCUGGUUGUAUUUGUAUGAGUGACAAAGGGCUGAAGUAUUUGAAGAGAGGAUGUCGCCAACUCAAGAGUCUGAUCAUGUAUGGUUGUCGUGGAAUAACAAGGGCUGCGGCUAAUAAGAUGCAGACAACGUGCGCAACUGUUCAAUACAGCUGGGACACACCGUCUUUAUCAACAAUCGAGACAUAUGGCGUCACUUGAGUGACAUUGAUGUGAAUGCCUCAGUGUCUGUGAGAAUUCCAAUAAACUUAUCUAUCUUUUUAGUAAUACAGGUGUAACAGAAUGAGACUAUUUUUUGUAAUAAACAAUGCAGAGGUUUGAUUGUGAAUGGA